GUCACUUUCUCUUUGCACGCGUGUGCCAUCUCCACGCUGGAUUUGGGUUGCGGGAGUUGAUUGGCGUCACAACGGUGUCACGAGCCGCGUGAAGUGAAAAGACGCACACAGAGCGGGAACGCGCUCACCUCACCCACCGGCGACGCGCUGCUUCUUAGAAAUCCAUCCACUCCUUGGAGCAUCUCUGCUGAAAGUUUUGGGGUGAGUGGGACAGACGGAUUUCCCGAGCAUUUGCGGACUGGCGCUAGAGGUGGUCUGGGAGUUUGGCCACAGGCAAAAACUGAACUUGAAAAAUCAUCACAGUGAAAUUUGUGCUGAUGUCUAUACCAAUCUGGAAGUCAGUAACAUCAGUAAUUUGUCCAAACUGGAGGCAUCCACUUACUGUGGUUCUUCUCCGCCUGAGAUGUUCUGCCAACUCGGACAGAAGCGUCUUGUAGUGCACUCAGUCCCACUUGAUGCCUCUUGUUGCUAUUUUAUUUUUACCAGUGCAGCUGAUAUGGAUACAAUGGCUCAAACUACUUUGGGAGACAUGUUUCUGAAUUGUUCAGAGUUUCUGAGCAUGUCCUGCAAUAGCACACUUCUCAAUAAAACUCUCAAUGCUACAGAUUCCCAGGAAUUAUUUUUUAUUGAGGAGCUUCUUUUCAAAAUUCUAGGCCCCAAAAGAUCCUCCUUCUUCUUACCCAUUUCUUUGAUCUACCUUGUCAUCUUUGUGACAGGAGUGUCAGGAAACCUUCUCACCUGUGCUGUUAUAGGAAAACAUCAAAAAAUGAGAACUCCAACGAAUUUGUAUUUGUUCAGUUUGGCCGUGUCUGACCUUCUGGUGCUACUUUUCGGAAUGCCCUUAGAGAUCUAUGAGAUGUGGCAAAAUUACCCAUUCCCCUUUGGAGAAGGAGGCUGCUAUUUUAAAACCUUUCUCUUUGAGACAGUCUGCUUUGCCUCAGUUCUGAAUGUCACUGCCCUCAGCGUGGAGAGAUACAUUGCAGUGGUCCAUCCUCUGAAGACCAAGUAUGUAAUGACCAACACUCAUGCCAGAAAAGUCAUCUCUACGGUCUGGAUUAUAGCUUUGAUCUGUGCUAUUCCCAACACCUCUCUUCAUGGAAUUUAUUAUGUGUACCUUCCUUCAUUCAAGAAGAUCGAGGAUUCGGCUGUGUGCAGCCUAUUAAAGCCAAGGUGGAUCUACAACCUGGUGAUUCAAGUCACAACAGUCUUUUUCUACUUCAUUCCCAUGACCAUAAUAAGUGUCCUGUACCUGAUGAUAAGUUGUCGUCUUAACAGAGAGAGAAAAUUUCCUGUGGGAAAACUUGGAAAGAACUGCAGCUCUAAAACCAGCUGGAAAAUCCAUUUGGAGACUGGCAGAAGACGGCAAAUCAACAAGAUGCUAUGUGUCGUCGUGGUGGUUUUUGCCAUCUGCUGGGCUCCAUUCCACAUCGAUCGCCUACUCUGGAGCUUCAUCACAAGUUGGACAGACUUCAUGCAUGCUGUUUUCCAGUAUGUCCACGUGCUCUCAGGGGUCUUCUUUUAUCUUAGUUCAGCAGUCAACCCCAUCAUCUACAAUCUGCUUUCCACCCGCUUUCGGGAGAGGUUUAAGGAGUUGAUGUGUAGAAAGAGCAAUGCCAGCACCUCGCACAACAGCUCCCCUGCAUUUUCCAGAAUCUUGAAGAGCCCAUCCUUGGAUGACCAUAUGAAAGGCAGAGAGGAGCGGCCCAAGUGUCUACAUCCAUCGGUGAUAUCUCAUCUAAGCUGGGAUCAUGAGGAUGAGACCACUGAUAUGUAGACUCACAUUUGCAAAGGCAGAAAAGUAUAGGCGAGGCACCUCCAUUGCCUAUACCUUGUUAAACAUAAGAAGAAUCAACCUUGAGGAACAUCAGCGUGAAGAAAUUAAAUGUGAAUAUUAACCAGCUAACGUCAAACUGCCCGCUAACAUGAACAGAGUGUCCUGUGUCUAAGACCUGUGAACGUGGACUUUCUCAGGCAAAAAUGAGCAGCUUUUUUAUGACAAAAUGUCAGUAAUAGAUGGUGUUCAUUGGAAAUUUAAAGGACACGAUACAGUGGACUCAGAAAGUAUUAGUCUCCUUCACUAAACAAUUCAUAAUGACAAAGUGAAAACACGUUUUCAGAAAGGUCUGGAGAUUUCUUAAAAAUUUAAAACUGAAAUGUUUAAUCCAUCUAAGUAUUCAGACCCUUUAUUCAGUAUUUUGUAGAAGCCCCUUUGAGAGCAAUUACAGCUUUGCGUCUUAUUGAGUAAGUUUCUACAGGUUUUGCACGCUUGGAUUUGGGCAGUUCAUCCUAUUUUUCCUGGCAGAUCCUCUCAAGUUUCAUUUAAUCGGAUGGGAAGCAUCUGUAACCUUCAGGUCUCUCC